AUGGAGCCGGAAGCUCUCAAUAGGCUGAUGCAAAAGGAGGGGACUACCUAUGAUUCGGUAACCCCUACCUUCGGUGAAUGGGUCAGCUCCGGCGCUCUUGACGAGCAAUCUGCCGAAUUGCUUAAGCGAUUCGAGGGACUUAACUCUGUGGAGCGAUGUGAUUUCAUAAGGGAAAAUGACCUUGUUGCUCGAGUACUAUUAAACGCAACAUAUGCUACAGGACCCGGACUGCUGCGCGGUUACUCUCUUGAGCGUCUUUGCGACGUAUGCAGAGUUGAUGGAUCGACAUAUACAUUCCUGCUUGAAACACUGAAUGACAGAGAUGUUUUUGAGAUAUAUUUCGAUAUCGCUACACACGAGAGUGACAGGAAAAUAGUAGAAAAAACAUUAUUUCUUCUCUCUGGUUUUAUAGCAUAUGGACACGAGAGGUUCACCAUGGAACAAAUGAUGAACUCAUUACGUUGCAUACUUGAUGCAAAAAUUGACCCUGCACCAAAACUAUAUGCCGUCGCAAACUUACUCGAGGAGGAGCGUAAUCGUUUGCCUGUUUUCCAACAACAAGAUGCGCUACAACUCAUCAAAUCGUCUCUGCAGAGUGAUGUAGCUGCAAAUGCGCAAUAUAAAGCGGCCUAUUGCCUCUGGCAGUUUUCCCGUAAAGAAGAGCAUGUCGAAGAAAUGUACGACCAAGGAUUUGUCCACGCUCUUUGCGAUCUCUUCUGCACUACUAAAAUUGAAAAAAUAGUUCGUGUAUGCAUCCGAUUAUUGAAAAACCUAUUCAACAGCACAAGAUGCCUAGAGGUUAUCGUAGAAAAAAAUGUCGCACAAACACUCACAUUGCUGGAGUAUGACAAAUGGCGUGAUGUCGAGCUUUAUGACAGCAUUCACCAACUGCACGCUGUGCUGGAAAGCAAGACGUCAAAGAUCAGCAACUUUGAACGAUAUGUGAAGGAGGUUGAUAAAGGAGCGCUGAAAUGGUCCAUAUUACAUUCGGAGAAGUUCUGGGCGGUAAACUUUGGUCAAUUUGAGCAAGAUGAGUUCAGUGUCAUUUCUAAGGUCGUAAAACUACUCUAUGCCACUGAUGAUCCAACCACAGUAGCCGUCGCAUGUUUCGACCUUGGCGAAUUUGCCAGAUUGUAUCACAAUGGUAAAGCCAUUUGUCAAAAGUUCCAUGUAAAAGACAGAGUUAUGGAACUCAUCAGUAGUAGAGACCGUGAGGUGGCGCGUGAAGCUAUGCUAUGCGCCCAGAAGCUUAUGGUACAAAAUUGGCAACGUGUAUGCGCACAAUGA